GAUAGAGCUAGUAUACUUCUAUCUAUGAAAAAUUUGGAUAAUACUAUGCAUGAAAAAACUGAAUUGAAAGCCUCUGCAUCUAAAAAAGCUGAAUUGGAAGCAGAGAUUAUUAAUCUUAUUGAAUGUUUAUCAAUUAAUAAUCCCUUAGAUGUACAAGAAUAUAUUGAGAUUGAUAAUUAUAUGAACAUUGAAGAAGACUUAACUAUAAAUAGAAUUAUUGAUAUAGUUAAUGGACAAGAUGAGAGUGAAUUAGAAAAAGAACAAAAAAGAAAUAGUUAA